AUGUUAGCACCAUUGCCAGUGAAUCCUCUUACCGCUGAAGAAGUAGCGCAUUAUCUACCUUUAUCAGGGCAAUCUCCCGAUAUUCAGGGACGUAUUAUCAAUGUAACACAUCAAAUCCCUUACAAUAUUCUGCGUUCACAUCAGCAUUUGAAAGAAACAGCAGUAGCAGCAGCAAAGGAUCCCGUUUCUGCUGCACCUAUUUCAAAAUUGGCUCGACAUCAUCGCCGCGGUAUCACUCUAAGAAUGAAGUUUCACGCAGCAGACUGGACGGUUGUGGAGAGAAGAGGCCAUCAAGCUUUGUAUGCAGGCUUACAAAGCCUGCGUAAAGAUUAUGAAACCAUCCAUAUCGGCUGGACAGGUCCUAUACGUGAAGAGGGCUCUCGCAAAGACAUCAAUCACAAGUUGGACAUGGAAGAUAGAGUAAAGUUAAGAUCACUUUUAUGGGAGACGGGUCAUAUAGUACCGAUUUUUUUAGAUGAUAAAUCGCACGGCCAUUAUGAAGGUUAUUGUAAACAAGUACUGUGGCCUGUUUUUCACUAUUUGGUUCAAACUUCUUCCAGUGACAGUCGAGCAGAAAAGCGUCACUGGGAUAACUAUGUUGCUGUCAAUAGACAAUUUGCAGAUACAGUUAUUGAAAGAUACCAGACAAAUGAUAUCAUUUUCAUUAACGAUUAUCAUUUACUUUUGGUGCCUCAAAUGAUACGAGAAAAAUUUCCGGAUGCCAUCAUUGGGAUUUUUAUCCAUGCGACAUUUCCAAGCUCUGAGAUAUUUCGCUGUUUACAAACCCGAAAUCAAAUUCUAGAAGGUAUGCUUGGCGCUAAUUUAGUAGGCUUUCAGACGUAUUCCUAUGCAAGACAUUUCAUUUCCUCAUGUACACGGGUACUCGGUUGCGAAACGACGCAAGUAGGUGUCAACUUCAAUGGCACUAUUGUAUCUGUAGGUGCCUUCCCCAUCGGUAUCGACUGUCAUCGUGUCACUCAGUUCAGUAAACAGCCCGGCGUUGAACUCAAAAUGAAUGCUAUUCGUGAUAUGUACCAAGGCAAAAAAAUAAUUGUCGGACGUGACAAGCUGGACAGUACAAAGGGUAUACUGCAAAAGCUACAUGCAUUUGAAAAAUUCUUGUUGGACUUUCCGGAAUGGCGUAACAAAGCUGUGUUAAUUCAAGUGGCUACGCCUACGCAUGGUGAUCAUUCAAAAUUAGAAGCCAAAAUCUCUGAAACUGUUAGUCAUAUCAAUUCUGUGUAUGGAUCUUUGGAGUUUGUGCCAGUACACUAUUACUACCAAGACAUUGAUCGUGAUGAAUAUUAUGCGCUAUUGUCAGUGGGCGACUUGGCAUUAAUUACUUGCAGUCGCGAUGGCAUGAAUACUACUUCGUAUGAGUACGUUAUUUGUCAACACGAAAAGUCAGAACCUGGACCUCUGAUACUCUCUGAAUUUGCGGGUACAGCUGGUUCUCUUGGCGCUGCCUUAUUGGUGAACCCCUACGACUAUGCUGAAGUGGCACGACAGAUGAAUGAAGCCCUUGUUAUGUUGACUGAAGAUAAAACCACUAGACACGAACGGCUUUAUCAACAUGUUACAAGUCAUACAGCUGAUUUUUGGGCUCAUUCAUUCAUUAAGCAAUUGGUCAGUGUAAGUGAGCAAUUAGAGCUUCGAUCACAUGCAACCCCUACUCUGGAUGUUCAGCAACUUCUCACUGAUUACAAGAAGUCAAAAAAGAGAGUUAUGUUCUUUGACUACGAUGGUACUUUGACUCCAAUUGUUUCAAUUCCUUCUGAUGCCAAGCCAGGGGCGGAGAUGCUGAAAGCUUUACAAGUGUUAUGCAACGAUCCCAAUAAUACAGUAUGGGUUGUAUCCGGAAGGGAUCAAGCCAUUCUGGAUGAAUGGCUAGGUAGCAAUGUUAAAAAUCUUGGGUUAAGUGCAGAACACGGAUGUUACUUGAAAGCAGUGGGCUCUGAUGCAUGGAUUAGUAUUGUUGACGAUAUUGACAUGAGCUGGAAAGCCGAUGUGGAGGAAAUAUUCAAUUAUUAUACGGAAAGAACACAAGGCAGCUUUGUAGAGCAUAAAAAGUCCUCGAUUACAUGGCAUUAUAGAAUGGCUGAUGCUGAAUAUGGAGCUUUCCAAGCAAAAGAGUGCCAAAAUCAUUUAGAAAAUGCGAUUGUUUCUAAAUACCCUGUUGAGAUAUUAGUUGGCAAGAAAAAUCUCGAAGUACGACCUAUGUCUAUCAACAAGGGUGAGAUAGUGAAGAGAAUUCUUGCAAAGAAUCCUGAUACAGAUCUUAUUAUGUGUGCUGGUGAUGAUAAGACAGACGAAGACAUGUUCCGCGCAUUGAGUGCAGCUCGCUAUCAAAAUAGACAAUUUAAGGCGAAAUGUCCUUCUGGAUCCAAGAUACCCUCGCCAACAUUUUUAUCAAGUAUUAACGGUGAUGAUAUUACUUCAACAAUGCAAGAGCAACGAAUAUUCUCAAUCACAGUUGGCCCUUCCGAAAAGAAAACACAUGCCAAUUGGCAUGUCAAUACAGCACAACAAGUAAUUCAAGUUUUGGAAUCUUUAGCUACUCUGUAUUAA